CUCUCCGUGUUGUUGUUCUCGGUGACGCGACGGAGGUGUAGCCUGACGCGGUCUCUUACGUGUCGGUCUGAAUAAAAGUGGAGCUCCGUAGACCCGGGAGUGACGAAGCGAGUCUGUGUUGGUAAGAGGAUACGCAUCCGAUGUUUGCUAAACAGAUAGAUGGCUGCCCUGAGAGGUUAUUUGCGCCUUAUAUCCGCACAAAGCCAACAAAGAGAUCAUGGCGGCGGUGUUGCAGAGGCUCAGAAAAUGAGUCAGUCUCUGCAAGGCGCGCUGGCUCCUAACACGACUGAGACAUAGGUAUAAAUGUGGGAGUGGGCUUUGAGAAUUUAUUUUUUUCUUUUAAUGAGCAGACGAAGAAGAUGUUUCCGGUGGUGUUUGUCAAUUUAAGCUUGUGUAAAACAAAAAUGUGUUUCAGAUAAAUUUAAGGAAACUACUCGCUAGUGAAAGUGGGGUGCCCUAGUUGCAAAAAAAAAGGAAAAAAAAACUGGCAAUACAAUGCAUUCAGACUUUUCCCUCCAUGCAGCCGCACUAUGAGCUACCCGAGGCUACGACUGCUAAUUUCAUGUGUCUUUAACACGUUAAACUGAGCGGGAAAGGCGUAAAAAUGCGGCACAAGCUGCAGGAAACGACCAAAUAGAGGCUUUGGAAAUGUUAAAGAAGUAGCUACAAGCUGUGCUAACGUGCAUUCCUGUUAGCAUGCUGGCUAUAGCAACGGCGCCCAUACUGUUAGAGGUAGCAGCAUGCUAACUAAGUUUGCAUCUAUGGAGCUUCAGCCUCCAGUUUCCUGUUUUUCUCCCUUUAUUUUUUACAUGACUUGAAUAUUUUUGCAAAAACAGGGUGGAUUUAUGUCUAGAAGUGAAAUGCAUGCUAUCGUGUUGAGCUUAGCCACACCCUCCUUUUGAAUAUCAGACUCAAGAGGCUCUGCAGUGAGUUUAAGGGAUGUGCUUUUCAAGUAACAGUACUAUUUGAUUAAUAAUCACGGGAUAAUAAUCGAUUAUUAAGCGAAUAUUCGACCCCCGCACACCCAAAACGAUGGGAAAGACAGAAAGAAAUCUACUUUAUCAUAACUGUCUUUUUUACUACUUAACCUCAUUACACACACAGGUAGGGUUGGGUAUUGUUUGAUUUUGAACGAUUCUGGUUUCGAUUCCGAUCCCUAACGAUUCUUCAUUCCGAUUCUUUUAAGAGGCAGGAUAUAAAAAAAUGCAUGGUUUAAAUGAGGGUGCUAACUAGAGUUCUUCUUCUUGGAUGAAAUUUCUGAACUUCUCCAUGAUUUUUUUAAAUUAUAUUAACUUUUUAAGAACUUUACUAUGAAUUUCUCACAGGGUUAUUUUUUAACCAGUAUAUAAAUAUCAAUUUUUGUCGUCAGGUUGUUUGUCUUUGAAAAAGUAUAAGGGCUAAUGUUAGUUGGAUAUUUAAGCUGACCCACCGUACACAGUACAUUUUGUUUGCCGCUUCAGUGUUAGCAGAAGACAGAAGUCAUUUAUUGUUUCACUUAUCUGAUUCUGACUGGUUAGUGGACGACAGGUGUUGUGCCGUAGGAUGCUUCCCGUAGAAUUAGCUUCUUAAAGUGGAGGAAAAUGAUCUCAUAUUUAAAAAAAAAAAAAACACGAGUAUUAGAUCAUGACGACAUGCCAAAUGGAGCAGCAAACUUUCGUUCUGUUUUUUUGUGUCUCAAACAUGCACAUAUAGAGGUGUACUUGGGGGUAUAAACUGCACAGUUAGCUGUCAAGGUAGCAAAUAUUCAGAAUCAGAGGGCUAUUGUUUUCGGCUUAUCUGAAUAGCCUUCGUUAUGUACUUUCAACCGUGCUCCUGUUCAGCAGCUAUUUCAUCUGGUCGGCGGACUCCAGGAAGUGAAAUUUUUUUUUGUAGGAUGGUCCCGCCCUCCUUCACCUCUGAUUGGCUAGAAGUGCUGGGCUCCGAUUUGUUAUUCAUAAUGGCUGUGAAACAUGCCCAUCUUCAUAAAGAUUAAUCUGAUAGUUCAUGACAACAGCCCAUCCCAUGUUUUCAUUCAGAAAAAUCACCAUGACGACCCGCCGCUUUCACCCGGGUGCUUUGCUCUCAUAUGGCUGUGCGUGGUUGUCGUAGAUUUGCGAUAUGCAAGCUUAGCCUCACAGAGUUUACACCGUACCUCUGCGUCACACAGAACUUUUGGUCGGCUGCUGCAGUAAUCUUGCCAUCGUGUUUUCGCUUAUGUUUAUUUCUUCUUCUACGGUGGCGUCUAGCCCGCCACACUGUGUAUCAUGCAAAUACUGCCCCCGUGUGGAAGGCGCCAGUAAAACAAAUGUGUUUUUUUCCAGAUAUCAUGAACUAUUUGACUUUUUAGGAUUUAAUGACUAUUAGAAUAUUCAAGUUUGUGGAGUGUGCAUGAUGAAACAUGUUAAAAGUAAAUGUGUGUUUUUUUUUAAUUCCAGCAGAUUUUAAAUGACCAUGGAGGCCGCUGCAGACACACAGCAAGGUGGUGAAACUGCUGUCUCGGAGUCUGAGGCCCAGCAUAUCACCCUCACCCAGGUAAGUCUUUGCACCGUGGCGUGUUAUUGCUGCUAAAGUUCAGACAGGGGCGGUGUUUAAAUGUCGAUGUGGGUUGUUGUGCUUCGCAGGCGUCGAUCGCAGCAGGUCAGGUGACGUCCAGCAGUCCCACGGUCACUCUAGUCCAGUUACCGAACGGUCAGACGGUCCAAGUGCACGGAGUGAUCCAAGCUGCUCAGCCCUCGGUCAUCCAAUCCCCACAAGUCCAAACUGUUCAGGUGACAGAAGAGGAGGAAUGUAUUUAGUGAUUUUCUUUCAUUUAAAAUGAUUGAAAAUUGAAAAAACAAAGAACCAGUCACUCUGAGUUUGUCGAUUUCCCUCUCUAAUGGCCUCAGAAAUCUGCGGAUUGAAACAAAUCUUUCUAAAUGCCGGUUUUAACUCUUAUGUAACAGUUUACAUUGUUGUUUCUGUUGAGUAAUCAGUGAUCAUGAUGUUUUUGUUCUGCAGAUUUCCACUGUUGCAGAGAGCGAGGACUCUCAGGAGUCUGUAGACAGCGUGACGGACUCUCAGAAGAGGAGAGAGAUCCUGUCCAGGCGACCUUCAUAUAGGUUUGUCCAGCACCUUCAGACCUUUAUUUAGAUUGGGGGUGUGGAUCCAGACUGUUUGUUUUGUAACUGUAAAGACUUGAAGACGUUUAGAUAAGAGCUGUCAGUCAAGAUGUCCCCGAUCUUCACUCUCUGGUUAAUGUUUCCAAAUUUGGCUCUGGUAUACGUCGCUGUAUCAUCAUGAUAUUAUCUUCUAUUUACAUACAUAAUUACACUGAGCCACACACACAGUUUGUAGCAGCUGCGCCUCGCUCCUCUCUCAGAGGGUUACCAUAGCAACUAGACAUAGCCGUGUCUGUCACUGUGAAACUUUGUGUUAACUCCACUAUGAAUAUAUAUAUUAGUAAACAUAUUAUUUGGGUUAUUAAAUCUGCACAAACUUCUGCACAAACUUUUGGCGAUAAAUAAGAGGAAAAAAAUGCAUCUGCCUCCUUUCAACAGUCACAUUUGUCAUUUAUUGUGAAUACUUUCAAUGGAAAAUGUUUACAGGGCUGUUUUUUCAGUUGGUCGACUGACAUUUAUCCCCUCACACCAGCUUUAAAGGGAUAUCCUGGCGUAAAAUUAAUUUAGGGUCAAACACACCGUAACACUGAGUUAGACUACCCCUCAAGAGAUAAAUGUUGCUGACCGCUUGCUUCUCUAGUUAUACCAACUUUAGUAACGACCGCACGAUAGCAAUACACAGCGGUCUGAGGAGCCAUAAACAAACCUCAACCAAAACGCCACUUUAUAGCCACAAAUAAUGCUCAGAACAGCACCUAACUUCAUCAACAGGACAUAUAGGGUCCCAGCCAUAGUACUAGACACCAAACAUCUUUUUAACUUUGACUAAUUUCUUCAGCAAAGAGUCUAAACACAACUCACCUACUCUCUUCCAGCAGCUGCUUGUUUGCACGGAGACCUCCGAGUGAACCCAUCGACUGCAGCGGGGUGAUGCAGCUCAAGGAAGAACAUUUAUGAUCAUUUCUUUAUCAUUUCCUUUAAGUAAUAAUCAUAUUAAUCAUUUCACACUGCAGAUGUGGUAGUUCUUCUGCCUCAGCGUCUCAGUCUGAUUGUAUUUCCUUGAAGAAAUGAUCAUAAAUGUUCUUCCUUGAGCUGCGUCACCCCGCUGUAGUCUGUAACGGACUGGCCUGAGGUCUCGUUACAAACAAGCGGCUGCUGGAAGAGAGACGGUGAGUUGUGUGAAACAAGAAAAAAGUUAAAAAGAUGUUUGGUGGCAAGUACUAUGGCUGUGACCCUACAUGUACUGUUGAUGAAGUUAGGUGCUGUUCUGAGCAUUAUUUGUGGCUAUAAAGUGGUGUUUUGGUUAAACGCGUGGCUCUCUGUAUUGCUAUCGUCCGGUCGUUACUAAAGUUGGUAAAACUAGAGAAGUAAGCGGUCAGCAACAUUCGUCUCUCGAGGGGGUGUCUAACUCAGUGUCACGGUGUGUUUGACCCUAACUUAAUUUUACGCCAGAAUAUCCCUUUAACUCCACUGUGAAUAUAUAUCACAAAACAACUGUUCUAAAAUCUGUUUGAAUAUUUUUGUCCUGAGUCAAUAACAUCCCUGAUUAUUGUUUGUUUUUUUCAUAAAUGUGUAUGUCUUCUCUUACGCACAAACAAAAUUAGCUGAAAUUUUAUUUCUUUGGAAACAAAAGUGUUUCGUGAGGCUGCUUCAAGAGGAAAAAGUUGCAUGUUCUUCUUUUCGACAGUCACAUUUGUCAUUUAUUGUGAAUCCUUUCUGUGGAAAGUGUUAACAGGGCUGUUUUUUCAGACAUUUAUUCCCUCACACCAGCUUUAAGCAUCAAAAACAUCCGUAUAAGAAUCAUAAAUCUUGUCCCUGGUGGUCGAGUUUUCUUUUGCAGAUCUUAAAAAAGCAUCAAUAUGAGUUCCAGUCUGUGUCCUUCUUCACCUCCACAGAAAGAUCCUCAACGACCUCUCGUCAGAUGUCCCCGCAGUGCCUCGAAUCGAGGAGGAGAAGUCAGAGGAUGACUCAGCACCCGCCAUCACCACAGUCACCAUGCCCACUCCCAUCUAUCAGACCAGCAGCGGCCAGUACAGUGAGUCUUCUUUAUUUUUAACUUUUAGCGUUUUGGAUCUGCUUCUUUCUGUUCGAGUCUAAGAAACGGCGUCUCUGUGCAGUUGCCAUUACCCAGGGCGGCGCCAUCCAGCUGGCCAAUAACGGCACAGACGGAGUGCAGGGCCUCCAGACUCUGACCAUGGCCAACGCUGCCGCAGCUCAGCCGGGCGCCACCAUCCUGCAGUACGCUCAGACCAGCGACGGGCAGCAGAUCCUGGUGCCUAGCAACCAAGUUGUUGUACAAGGUGUGGAAACGAUGAGAGAAAAACGAUGAUCAGAAAUGUCCAAGCAGGAAAAUGAACCAAACGCCUUUUUGUUUGUCUUCAUCCGUCAGCUGCUUCUGGUGACGUCCAGGCCUAUCAGAUCCGCACAGCUCCCACCAGCACCAUCACUCCCGGGGUUGUCAUGGCGACCUCGCCCGCACUGGGGACAGGAGGAGGAACUGAGGAGGUCACACGCAAAAGGGAGGUGCGACUCAUGAAAAACAGGUACGUGAAUAAUUUCCUCGCCAUGACCUCGCAUGAUAAGAAAGCAGGUUAGUCGAAGAAAUCUCACCGCCAUCCUUCGCCAUCUUUGUGUCUCUUAGGGAGGCAGCCCGGGAGUGCCGCAGGAAGAAGAAGGAGUACGUCAAGUGUCUGGAGAACCGUGUUGCCGUGCUGGAGAACCAGAACAAAACCCUCAUCGAGGAACUCAAAGCCCUCAAAGACUUGUACUGCCACAAAUCCGAGUAGAAACCGCCACCCUGACGCCUGCCCAGGUGCUCUUCUGUAAGCGCGUACAGAGACUCAGCUCAGAGCCGCGCACCUGGAAGACACUCCCCCCCCUUUUUCUACUCUUCGGCUUUCUUUUUAAAAACUGCUAAAAUGUCCGACUCACCCGGAAUAGAAACACAAACACACCUUCUCUCUCUGUUUCGAGCAAUUUGAAUUUCAGUUUCCCACGAAAGGCCGGAGCAACGGAAAGAAAGGGAGUGAAGGAAACGAGGAGGAACACAGAAGGAUCCUUCGAAGGGAAGCGUCCCGGUCACUGGUACCUGGACCAAACCAGGCGGCAUCACCAGCAAACGGGCCGCUUCCGGAGCAACAUCACAAGCGAGAUUUCUCACGGCGUUUCCCCUCAAAACUCUCGGAUCAUCUGGAGACUUGACCUUCGUGUGCAGAGUUUGUAAACGGCGCUCCUGCAUUAACUUCUGUUACUUACUAAUGCUUUCAAGUGUAGACGGGCUGUGUCACGGACUUUUUAUCUUUUAGCUUCGUUUUCGUUCGUCAUGUACCGCCAUUUUAUUUUUUUUGUACUUUUGAAUAACUCUGCCUUGUGGACAUAAAAGCGAAGCAUUAAACCGGGUCGUACGAUGAAUUUACACACGACGAAAAAGAGACUUAUGAAGAUCGUUUAUGAAGCAUGAUUCAUUCAGAGGCUCAUUGUUUUUGUUUUCUGCGUCUUUAGAUACACAAAAAAAAGCAGAAGCCGGCUGUGAAAUUUGUUCCCCGCUGCUUGCUGUAGAUGUCUAUAGCGGGGCGUACACUGUAUAUUUUAUAAGUAUGAUGGUGGAAAGUGAAAACAGAAGUUGUGUGUGGUUGAACCUGAGCAGAACCGUCAGAACAGACUGGACUGAAGCUUUGAGAUGAAUUUUCCAGCUCAGUAACGGGGUCUGUGUCCGGCUCAGUUUUGACGCCUGUUUUUUCAAAAGCAAGGAGAAAGUAACACGAACAAAAGACGGUGACAGUUUGUGAGCGAAAAAGCGUAUUUUUUAAAAAAAGAGCAGAUUUUGUGUUUUAAUUUUUCUUCAAGCAUUUACUUUUUACUGAUUUUUAGAGCUGAAAUCGAAACAAUGAGCCUCUUUUUUUCUUUCUUUUCCUUUUGAAUGAAAAAAAUAAAUUGCUGCAUAUUUCUGGACAAAUUUCAGAUGUUUCCCAUAUUCGACAGCACAGGUUACCUUAACUGCACCGUCUCUUGACCCGUGCUGCCCCCUGGUUUUUGUUUCUGGAAAUUUCUGCAUCACUUUCGCACAAGUUACGAUUAAACAUCUCCCGUCAAAUAUCGACUGCGCCCAGUUCUCAGCUUUUGAUGUACCAGCCUAACUGUUUACUCUGAUCAAGUGGCGUGUGCACUUUUUCUCGCACAUACAAUCCUUCUACAUUUCACACGAUUCUGCAGGAUAGUUUCACUCUCUGAGUGUUUUAUUGCUUUGGCGUCACCAUGCAGUUAACGUUUUAAGUUGUGCACAGCUCUGUCGCAUCGAUCGAAAACACCCCGCGUACGGAUUGCAGAGUGCGAUGAAUUUAUAACUUCACCAUGAACAAAAAAAACUGAGAUUUUCACAAUCAUGGACUGCCGUAUUGUAUUAUUUUGGGUUUCAUGUUUUGUUAAGAUCUAGUAAGCUUUUUUUUAUGUUGCUUUUCGUUAAUUUUGUAUUCACGAUUUCUAAAUGUCAGCACCAACUCGUAUGAUACAGUGCAUUAUGUUAGAGCUAUUCAAAUAUUACAUUUUUUGGCAGCUGUUAAUAAAUGUGUUUCUGUAAUCUUUUAUGAGAUUUUAUUGAUUUGUCUGCAAAAAUGUUCAUGUAUUACAAAAAUAAGGCAUUUAAAGGGAUAUUCCGGUGUAAAAUAAACUUAGGUUCAAACACACCGUAACACCGAGUUAGACAACCCUGCAGAGAGAUGAAUGUUGCCGACCUCCUGCUUCUGUAGUUAUACCAACUUUAGCAACAACUGCACGCUAGCAAUACACAGCGGUCUGAAGAGUCAUAAACAAACCUCAACCAAAAUGCCAUAAAUAAUGUUCAGAACAGCACCUAACUUCAUCAACAGUACAUAUAGGGUCACAGCCAUAGUACUAGCCACCAAACAUCUUUUUAACUUUGCCUAAUUUCUUUAGCAACGAGACUAAACACAACUCACCUACUCUCUUCCAGCAGCUGCUGAGGGGUGUCACAGCUAAAGGAAGAACAUUUAUGAUCAUUUCUCUUGACCAUUGAAUUGGCAGAGAUUACCGUUGAAGUUACAGUUGAAGUUAGGUGCUGUUCUGAGUAUUAUUCGUGGCUAUAGAGUGGCGUUUUGGUUGAGGUUUGUUUAUGGCUCCCCAGACCGCUGUGUAUUGCUAGUGUGCGGUCAUUACUAAAGUUGGUAUAACUAGAGAAGCAAGCGGUCGGCAACAUUUAUCUCUUGAGGGGGUGUCUAACUUUGUUUGACCCUAAAUUAAUUUCACUCUGGAAUAUCCCUUUAGAGUCCGAUCAAUUUCACAAAUCUCCCCUUGGAGGCAGUUUCAAAGCUUUAUACACAUAAAUGUCCCUCUCUUUAUCGUAGUAAACCUCCUCCACUGCAAAACUCGUCCCCAACAUGCCCAAAAAGUCUGUAUCCCUCUUGUAUCGGAUCUUGCAGGCGAGCAGCACCUCAGUCGUGCUUGAGCACAAGUGCUCCAGAGUCCGCAGCAGCGGCACAAAGGUGUCCUCCAGGUAAAUAAUGUCAGCUCCGAGCACGAUGUCGAAACCGCCAGGCGGAUAGCGGUCAAGACCCUCUCCCCAUGUCAGCUCUGAUACAACCACUGAUUCCUGAGAGUCCGGGGGCAGGUUUGCUUUGACGUUUGCUGCAAGGAAGUCCAGGGCGGGCUGUCUGUCUGUGAUGGUCACUUUGGCACCUGGAAUAUUCAUAUAUUCAUAAAUUUGUGAGAGACUGCGUGAGUAAAUGGUUGAUAGAAAUUGACUGACGCUGUAAAACUCACCCAUCAAAGCUGCAACAAUCCCCACCAGUCCAGUCCCAGCUCCCAGUUCAAUCACUUUCUUCCUCUGUAAUUCCACUUUCCCCAGUUCCAGGUACAUACACAUGACAACAGCCUGAAAAACACGUACUGCGCCUUUAAUUACAUAAUAAACAGCAGAGGGAACGUUGCUAUGUUAGAAAAAACACGUACCGCAUCCCACACGACAGCUGCCACCCCGAGUUUUUUCCAGUCCUGGGCCAGGCUGAGGUUGUGGUUGGCGAAACGAAACUGAGCUGAUGAAUUGUGGAGUUUGGAAAGCGCGGGUAAAGCGUUUUCUACAUACGGAACCAGAGCCAUGCUUAAAUAAAAAGGAACUACACUGCAGUUCGUCUUAUGCGCAUGCGCCACACUGUCGUGGCUUCAGGGAAGAUAGUCGAUUCCUCACUGCCACCUUCUGUUGGUCUGAUUCCUCCUUUUGUAGCCAAUACUUUCAUUAUAUUCAACAAAUAUAAAAUAAAAUAUAACCUUUACGUUGCAAAAACAUCAUAACUACUAGCUUGGUUUAGUUAAUUUACAAACAAAGCGUAGUAAGGGUUGUUGUCAUCAACCUCCGUCUGUCCGAACGUCUUAAAGUUCCCCGCCCAAUCAUGAGC